ACAGUAAGAUGGCUCCUCGGCCGCUGGUCCGCGCGGCUCUGCUGGUCGCCGUGUCGGUGUUCCUCACGCUCUCUCUGGCCUUCGCGCUGCCGUUGGCUCUCACCUGGCUCGCGCAAUGCGUGGGCUUUUCGGAGGAGGUGGGGGCCACGCACUGUCUCGCGCUGCUGUACGCGCUGUUCGUGCUGUGCGUGGCCAUGCCGCGGAUCCCGCGCGGGUCGGUCUCGGUUGAGGGGAAGGCGGUGUUCAUUACUGGAUGUGACAGCGGCUUCGGGCACGCUUUAGCCAAGCACCUUCAUAACCUGGGCUUCACCGUGUUUGCCGGAUGCUUCCUGAAGGAUCAGGCUGGUGAGGGGGCGGUGGAGCUGGAGAACAUGCACUCUGACAGACUGAAGGUUGUGCAGCUGGAUGUGUGCAGUGACGAGCAGGUCUCUAAAGCCGUGGAGUUCAUCAGGACCAACCUGGAAAACCCGGAGAAAGGUCUGUGGGCCGUGGUGAACAACGCCGGCGUCUCCAUGUUCGGGGAGGUGGAGUUCACCACCAUAGACACGUACAAGCAGGUGGCAGACGUCAACCUGUGGGGAACCAUCCGAGUGACCAAAGCUGUCCUGCCUCUCAUCCGAAGAGCGAAAGGACGCGUGGUGAACAUCGCCAGCAUGUACGGCCGCAUGGGGAACGCUCUGCGCUCUUCCUACUGCAUCACCAAAUACGGCGUCGAGGCCUUCUCCGACUGCCUCAGGUACGAGAUGAAGGCCUGGGGGGUCAAGGUGUCGGUCAUCGAGCCGGGGAACUUCAUCGUGGCUACGGGAAUCCUGACCCGCGACAUCGUGGCCUCCACAGCCGAGAAGCUGUGGAAGGAGGCGCCCCCUGGUGUGCAGGAAGACUACGGGAAGCCCCACUUCGAGCACCACAUGGCCCUGAUGCGUUCCUACUGUAACAGCGGCCAGCGCGACACCGCGCCCGUCCUGGAUGACAUCACGGACGCCAUCGUGUCCAAGCGGCCGUACACGCGCUACAACCCCAUGGAGCCGUACUGGUGGGUUCGCAUGCAGGCCAUCAGCCAUCUCCCAGGAGCCGUUUCAGAUCGCCUGUAUUUCUGAAGCGUUCCUCUUCUUUUUUUCUGUCUUUCUUUCUGCAUUCACUGACUUUUAUCAUCACGUGAUCAUUAUCUCACUUUGCUGAUUAUCUUCAACCCAGUGACGUUCCUGAUGCAUCCUAUAAGCAAGAUGGGACAUUCCUGACAUCAAACUGACACCCACCCGAACGAUCACACUAGCGUUUUAUUUUUUUCACCGUCAUAUAGGAUUGUCUGGUACAAGACGCACUAAUGAAUAGCGCUCUUCAACAUGGGUGUUACGUUACCCUGCCGUGAGACGCACAUGACAGCCUUGACACAUUCCCACUUUUGGAUGAUGAGAGAGAGCUGAGUGGUGGGUGUGUUGGCCCAAGACGAAAUUAGGCAGGAAAUGGUUCCCCUGCUUUGGGAAGAAAAAGUACCAAAGCUGUUGUAAGGGUGUUGGAUCCAAGGUUUUACACCCCUGGUUUAUUUACGGGUGGAAAUCAAACGUGGAAUUUAAUUAACAUCAUGAAUGGAUUGAUGGAGAAAACUGACAUAAACCAUAGAAAGGGAGGAGAGAGUGUAUUGAGGGAAAACUUCAAAAAUGUCUGAAUUUUGACCUUGCUGUGACCUUGUAACAUGUGUCAGUCAAUUUCAAACUUCAAUAAUAAUAAUACUAAUUCCAUUUGGACGGCAUGGUGGCUUAGAGGUUAGCGCCAUCAACUUGCACCUCCAGGUUCUGGGUUCGAUUCCCGCUUCGGAUCAGUAUACAUGAGGUUCGGUCGAUUAGGCUAAUUGGUGUUCCCAAAUUGCCUGUAGUGUGUGAACAAGUGUGUGUGUCCUGUGAGGGGAUUGACACCCUGUCUGGGGUGUACCCCAUCUCAUGCCCUAAGUCUCAUGAGGUAGGCUCCAGGCCCCCCUGUACACAAGGAUAAAGCGGUACAGAUGAUUGAGUGAGUGAGUCCAUUCGUUCUUAAGAAACUCAGACCCACCAACAACCCCCUAAAAAAGGCAUGUGUCCAGAUUCUGGGUUUGAUUCCCACCUUGAGCGUGCAUGUUCUCCCUGUGCUUGGUGUGUUUCUUUAGGGUACUCCGGUUAAGAUGUUCCAAAUUGCCAAUUGUGUAUUAACCCUGUAAAGGGAUUCAUCUAUUUGUCACAUGGACUUUACAAUGACCUCAGGUUAGGAAGCUGGAGUCAGGAUCAGCCUUGCUGGCUGGGAUUCGAACCCCUGACCUUCUGAUCAGUAUCACAGUAACCCACAGCCUUAACUUAUUAAGCCACCACAGCCCCUAUAAAGUUGUAUAGACAAUGAGUGAGCGAGUGUUUCGAUAAAGAUUAAUUAAAUGAAGCGUUGCUAACACAAGUAUAAUGAACUAAUCUAAAAUAAAUUUACAAAUUUUUCAAAAAUUGGCGCGUUUGUGUGGUCACGACUGGAAAUACUCAGAUCUUCCCCUGGACUUCAGUUAUAAUUAAGUGUUAAGUAAACAGUUUUCCUGCUUUUAUUUCCGUACAGAAAACAAUAAAAAAAACUGCAGCCUGUGUUAGCUGUGUAAACACUACGGAUGCGCUCGAUUGUAGCUCGAGACACGCUGGAGUUUCACUUGGACAUCCUCUACACUGUUAGACGAGACAGACUCUGCCAACAGCCAUCAAUAAUCACAUUAAAGCACUUAAUUAUCAUUUGUACUUCGAAUUGAACAGACUGCAUUACAUUAUCAGUAUCUAAUCACUACUACACACACACACUCACACAUCAGAGUUGGAUGUAAUUAUGGAGAAGACAUGAUCAGUAUUCUCUUUAUAUCUGUAUAUAUAAAAAUGUAUUUUCGUAAAACGUUUUGAGGACACACAGGGUUAAAGCUUCGCCGCUCUGUGGUGUUGUACAGACUUGUGUAUCGGUGUGAAAUGCCUGAGAGCGUGGUUUCCAGAUCAAAGACGAUGUCUCUAGGCGUGUCCAGAUGUUUUCAUAGGACAAACCCAAACUGGAUUUAGAAAAGUUUCAGUAUUACUGAUAUUUGAUCAAUGCAGCAUCGCCGGGAAUUACCAAGCGUGUACGAUUUAGAAGAUUUAGGAACACGCCCAUGAAACUCCAUAAAAGGCAAAGCUAAGAGUGAGCUGAAAAAGUCUGAAAAUUGGAGGCUAAACGGUGAAAAAGCACCUUCUAUCGUAUAGAUUUAUAGACAAAGUGUUUCUGUAAUGCAAUAAUACUACAGCCAUAUAAUACUGUAACUCAUGCUAUUAUAGGGUGCCAUAACUUGUGCACCAGUGUACUGGCAGAUCAAAUGUGUGUUUUAUAGAUUUGUUUUUGAAUUGCUUCAUGAUUGAGUUUCACUAAAUGUUUGUUUCUUAUUGUAAUAAAUAAAUAAUUUCAACUUGAUGAUGUAAUCUGCUUAUAAAAUCGGUGACAUCACCAAUUAAACGAUUUUUCAAACCGAC